UCCACUGAACAUUUCAGAAUCUCGUUGGACUUCCUCGCGUGAAGAUAUUUGUGUUGAUGUCAGAUUUGUUUCGUAGUAGUGCUAUUCGCGGAUUGUGUUUUUAUUGCACACAUUCAUAUACUAAUCAGUAAAAUACUUAACAAUUGAUUCUGCGCUUUGUGUGGGGAAAGUGAAAAUAAAAGUAUUGAGUGUGAUUAUGCACCUGUAGCUGAAUUGAAUAACAACAACAGUUUGCAUUAUUCUACGCGCGCAUGAGAGAUAUCAAAACGAAAGUGGAGCAAUAACCAAAUAACGGCGCAAAACAAAACAGCUGUUGCUCUUUUCGCGACUACUGCGUAAUCAUCGAAUUCAGCAUCGUCAUCGAAAAUAUUAGCAACAGAUUGCAAAGUGGGAGAUAAACUAGGCCAAAAAUUGCCAAAUACAUAAGCAAGCAGAAUGGCGGACAUAAACGAAUUGUUAGCAUCAUCAUUUGUGCGUGUUAAGCUCGUCGCUUUUGUGCACUUUUUCUUCAUCACAAAUGCUAUGCUGGGUACUUGGGGGCAUGGAGCUUAUGAGUUUUACAAUUUUCUCUUUAUUAUUGCCAUAUUCUGGACAAUGCAUUGCAAGGAAUCCAUUGAAGCUGCACAAGUGGCGCUCGUCAUAAACGUUUCAAGCAUAUUCUUUGAUUUAAUAUGCAUAAUAGUAUAUUUCGAUUUUAUGAACGGCUGGGCGGUUGCUUUUUCUAUCAUCAACUUAGUGAUGCGUCCAAUCACUGUUAUAUUACUGUAUCGUGAGUUCAGUUCACGUGGCGGUAGCUUACAAACAGGUUCUGUGUUUCCCACCACACAACAGCGCACGUAUCAGGACAUUGAUCGGCCUACACAGCCUAUGCCAACAAACUCACAGCCUGGACCAAAUGUCGCUAGUAUUUUCUAAGCUUAUGGCCAAGUAGCAUAGAGGAAAAGUUUAGUUGGAAAUCUGGCGAUUUGCUACCAGAAUAGCGUACACACGCUGACAAAAUAGUGUUCCCUUCUCACUGAUUUAAUCUAUUAAUUUUGUUUAAUUUUAUUGUUUCAGUUAUCGAAAGUGAGAGCCUCGAAAAAAGUUUUAGUAUUAAUGUGAAAUCUAUAUACUUCCAUGUAAAAAGAAAAUAAUAAUUUUUUAUUUUUGCUCUCGUCUAAAAUAAUAUAUGUAUUUGUAUCUAUGAUUGUGCGUAUAAGUUUUGUUCGGGCACGAAGCUAAUCACUUUACUCUCUGUGAGAUUUUAAAUUGAAUACAAAUUCUGGAAACGAAAUUUUUAUUAUUGGCAAUGUUAAAGUUAAUUUUCUCAGAAAUAUAAUUUUUAGAGCAAAUUGAAAAGUAAUAUUUAUAAUCCUACAUCCUCAAGAUUACAAUAGUCAAAACAGUUAUGUAUGUUACUUUGACUUUAUGAAUAAAUAUGAAUUAUAUGUCAAUUUUUGUAACGCGAUACUUAAAUUCAUGAAAGUAAUAUGCGUGCAAGAAAUUCCUAAUGUAGAUGAUAGACAACGAAAUAUUGCAUAUAUUUAGGCGCACAACUAUAUAGCUAUAACUAAAUUCAAUGUCGCACUGCAUUCAGCCAGUUUUUCGCCGAGUAACUAAUUAAUAACGGUUUCCCCAUUAUUUUGAUAUUUUAAUAGCUGCUAAAAACAUCAAGUCCUAACAAUAAACUGUUAAUAUUUUUAACCCGUUGAAGUAUGACCUUAGCAGAAGUGGAAUCAGAAUUGAAAAAAAAAACUAAUCCAAGUAUUUAAAAUAGGACUGCUCGUAAAUAUGUUAAAUAUGUACCUACUUAAAAACAAUCAACAAGAAACGCAAAAACUAAAUAAUUGACAAACCCCAAACACUACAAUUGCGAUGGGUUGAAAGUAAUAGUUACCGCCCUUAGAAACAAAAUACUAGUGUUUCGCAUGUACCUAACGUAAAUGAUUAACAAAUUUCGAAAAUUUAAAUGAACCAAUGACAAAGAAACGAAACUUUAUUUAUUUAAUUGUGAAACAUUAAUUGAGAGAUUACAAGUUUUAAGUCAAAUGAAAGGCGAGUUAGUUCAGAAACUAACUGCGCUUGCAUAUUAACACAUACAUAUAUUUUAUAUUUAUAUAUACGCAUAAAUUGUUAAUGGUAUAGGGCGCGUUGCGGCAGUUAAAAUUUUUACUUAUGUAUCGUAUGUACUAAUUUGUGAAAUAAAAAAUAUAUUAUGAUAAUUAAAAAAAAAAG